AAAAACAGUCAUUUCAAAGAGCUCUCGUCAAUAAAAAUUUAAAUCUCAAAUAAACAUUCUUGUAUUAUAUACGACAAUCUUAAGAAAGCGCUUGGAUUGUGGACGGAGGAUGCUAGCGAGUGGUGAUCUCGAGAAAUCGGCCGCGAGACCGUCGGCGAAAUAGAAGCACCUAAGGAUCACGUCCUAACGCUAAUGAGGCGGCGUUCACGAUGGAGCCACGUGCGAUGAUGAUGUCGAACCUGUCGUGCGACGGCUGCGCGGAUAGCGACCGGGACUCGGACAGCAGCAGCAUGAUCGUGGACCCGGUGAGUCUCGACAAGAAUGAUCUGUCGCCGCCGUCGCAGACGUCAUCAAGCCCGGUGGUACCGAGCUGCUCGCCGAUACCGAUGUCGACUUCGGCACCGCCGUCGGCCGGCAGGAGUCGAGGCGGUAGCAGCGGCGGCGGCGGCGGCGGCGGAGGACGUUCUUCCAAGAAGACAUACUCGAUGAUGUCGGCGUCGGCUCAGUCAGGAAAGUCCAGUAGUUCGGGUCAACCCUCGUCCGGCUACGGCUCCGAUAAAAUGUCAUCGUCUUUGAUAAAGCCACCGUAUUCGUACAUCGCUCUAAUCACCAUGGCGAUCCUGCAGUCGCCGCAGAAGAAGCUGACGCUGAGCGGCAUCUGCGAAUUCAUCAUGUCCCGCUUUCCCUAUUAUCACGACAAAUUUCCCGCCUGGCAGAACUCCAUCAGGCACAAUUUGUCGCUCAACGAUUGCUUCAUCAAGAUUCCGCGGGAGCCAGGAAACCCGGGAAAAGGCAAUUAUUGGACCUUGGAUCCGCUGGCGGAAGAUAUGUUUGACAACGGUAGCUUUCUGAGACGCAGGAAGCGCUACAAAAGGCCACCGCCGCACUAUGUACUGCGGGAUCGUGCGAUAAUGGCUACCUUCGCCAUCUGCGGCGACCGGGGACCUUGUCCCGGCGGCGGUGGAGGUCAUCCAAACGCCCUGGCCUAUCCCAGUGCCGCUUAUCUAUCACCGCCACCCGGUUUGCCGCUCCUCGACUUCUCCCCGUCAACCUUGGAGGCGUUGAAGCUCGGCGGUUUCCUGGAACCUCCGCCGCCACUUUACAAACCCGUUCCCAUCACGGCGCCGCCGAUCAGGCAGAUCGAUCCGACUCCCGCCAGGAUCACGACGACGCUGCCGGCCAGCCACACGACGAGCGUCGACAAGAAGCGUAACUUCAGCAUCGACGCUCUCAUCGGCAAGCAGGCGGCCAGCGAUCAGAAUUGCGGUGCGCUGCUGGAUCUCAGCCCGUCGGAGCAUAGGGAGAUCAGAAGCCAGGCGUCCGCCUUUUCGCCGCUCGUCUAGGAGCCUAGCAACCGUCUCUCCUAAUCGCGAAUAGUGACUUUCCUAAGGCGAUGGCAUGACUAAAGUGCAGAUGCGCUUUAAACGCAUUCUUGCAUAAAAAAAAAAAAAAUUUAUAAUCAUUGCUAGGAUAAAAAAAUCGUUCCGCCUUUAUCGUCGACAAUUAAAGUUCAGGAAUUUUAAUUUUCGCCCCUUAAAAUAAAAAGUCGCGCGAGAAAGACGGUAUCCCCCUCCCCCCCGUGCCCCUUCAGAAAAGAGGAGUGAUCGGACCGUAAAGUGAACGCUGAACUUUAUCGCGUUAUCGAAUGGUGAACGCGAUCGAGGUCACAUUGUGAAAUGUGCAUCGCUGAUGAGAGACUUGACUCUACCGAUAGUAUUUUCAAGAGAUCCUCAAGAAUAAACUCGGGAGAAUUCGAUUUAAUCGCUCCGCGAUGGAUAACUCGCUCCAAAGUGAUGGUAAUCGAUAUCGCUUAGCAGAUAUUCUCUGAUCGAUGUUAUCUAAAUGAAAAACAUAUUAAUUUUGUGUAUAAACAGAAUAUUUAGAAAUUGUGUUUCUCUGAGAUUUUAAUCUAUUAAUGUCAAAACAGAAGGUAAAUAUUAUUAAUACAAAAUUAGCAUCUCUCCGUAAUAUUCUAUGAAUAAUAAAUUUUCCUUUAAAUACAUUUUUUUAUUAUAUUAUAAAUAUUUUUUUGUUUUUUUUUUAUUUAUAAUUUAGAGAGAAUUCAUAUAUAAUAAGACAGGCAACAGUUUCAUAUCUUGUAAAAUCUCAAUGUGAUUCUCUGAAAACGAAAUAUUUGCUCUGCAUGUGAUAACCGUAUAUUAUUACGAUAAAAUGCUGAGUGAUUGCAAGCGAUAAGAAGGACGUAUAUGAAGUCGAAAAUCAAGCGUUAUCUGUGUUAUCUACAAUCCUAAUUUUUAUUCCGCGAGAGAAGAAUGUCAUACUUCGCGUAAUCAAAUCAAUCCUGGCAUAAAAUUCCAGAUGGUCGUUUCUUACCGAGUAAUCCAAACAAAUCGCAGAAAUAAUAAAGAGACAUAUGAAUCGACUUAAUGAAAAUGUAUAUCGAGGAUAAUGGCGCAUUCCAUAUAUAUCGGCGCAUCUUUGUAAAAAGGAGUAGUGCAAUAGCGUAGCAUUUUUGUUUAACAUCUCGCGUCGCUUCUUAAAAAGACUGGUGGAAGUAAAUCUAAGAUUUACAAAACGCGAUAACAAAAUUUCAGAAAUGAGACAAAUUUUUUAUCUUUCAUAAUGAUAUAACACUAUCAAAAAUAUUAAUAAUUAAUUACAUUUGCUGCAUUUGUGCGCAUACAGAAUUUUCGCGCAAUAUGUUUAUAGUCACUAUAAUCAUAUUAAUUCACAUAAAAUAAAUUAAUUACUAUAAAUCUCGUCCACAAACGGAGAAGUUGAACAAUAACGUACUUCCACUCGUCGAAUAAACGAGCUUUUGCGCGAACGAAGUUUCGUUGUGCCAAUAAAUUGCCCCGCGUACCCUCUGAUUCCACUUUCGUUGCCUAGAAUUGUCGAUUAGGCGAACUUAGGCCGCUUUUAUAUGGUCGAUUAAUAUCGGCAUUGUAAAUACGAGUCCCGAACAAAUAUAUGCGCAGCACUCUGUUAUAGCGCGCGCGGGGAGCACCUUUCUUCGGUGGAUUUAACGUAAAGCCGCCCACCCUCCCCAUUUAGCCGUAAGCGGUAGACAUUUGGUGUGUACAUACAGCGAAUCCAUAGCGCGAUCCGUAUGUAAUUGUGAAUAUCUAUACGGCAUUUUACGGUUAAGAAAUGUUAAGACACGUCUCGCGUGAUGAAGAGAGUACCCUGCUUUAAAAAGAGAGUAUCCUUAAUUAUUUUUAUCACUUUCGAGACAUUACAUUUUUCAUUGUACGUGAUAAAGGAUCAUCGUGCAAUCUUUAACGCAUAUCCGCAUUUUUGAGACUUAAAAAAGAAAGUAAGAUUAUUGAAAUCUUUAGAAACGGGAAUUGUGCAUUUUGGAAAAUGUAACUUAUUGAAAGGAUUCUGACGAAUUUAAAUGUGCGUUUAUUUUUAAAAUUUUGAGAAACUUAAAACUGCAGGACAUAGUUAAAUUUAAAAUUAAUAGAAAUUUGGGAGAAAAUUAAUUAAUAAAUUUUUAUUUUCUUAAAGUCAGACAUUUCAGGCAUAUAACUGUCAAAAUAUGUAAAAUCGAUUAAUGUGCACUAAUCUGAUAUUUAUGCAAUGACAUUAUUUGACAUUUGAUUAAAAGUAUAUGACGCGAGCGUAUGCAACACUUUCGGAAAUUAAAAAAACUAAUGUAUAUAAUUUAUGUUUAAUAACGAAAUUGAAAAAAAACCCGCGAAUUCAGAUUAUUUUAACGUAAAAAUAUAAGCAGCUCCGCUAUCCCUACAUUGCUACGACCAGUGUACACAAAAUGUGGAAAUCUCGUAACGAGCGGGCAUUUAGCGAAUUUUUCCACGGUGAUAUAUUUUACUAAUAUAUUUUUCAACUCGUUACGAGACGAUCACUUCGCGGUACUCCACUUUGUUCCUCGGCUAAGAUUAAGCAGCGAAGUCAAGAUACAUGUUUAGUUAUAGGCUACCCAUCCUAUCGUUAAAAGAAUCGUCUGUAGAUCUUAGUAAGUAUUGUAUGUGUCAAAGUGAUAGAUUUAUAAUAAUAUGUAUAAUGAUAAAAAAAAAACACAAUAAAGUAUCGUUAAGUAUAUAA